AUGGCGCCGGGCGGCUGGCGCUUGGUGCGCGGACUGUGGGCGGCUGGGAAGCCGCUGUUUGAAGGUCGAGUGCUGCUUGUCACCAACACACUAGGCUGCGGAGCGCUCAUGGCGGCUGGGGACGGCGUGCGCCAGUCCUGGGAAAUCCGAGCUAGGCCAGGCCAGAGGUUCAACCUGCGGCGCUCCGCGAGCAUGUUUGCCAUGGGCUGCAGCAUGGGCCCCUUCCUGCACUACUGGUACCUGUGGCUGGACCGCCUGCUCCCCGCCUCUGGCCUCCGCAGCCUCCCAACCAUCCUCAGGAAGGUUCUGGUGGACCAGCUGGUGGCCACACCUGUGUUAGGUGUCUGGUACUUCUUGGGCCUUGGCUGGCUGGAGGGCCAGACGCUGGACGAGAGCUGCCAGGAGCUUCGGGACAAGUUCUGGGAAUUCUAUAAGGCUGACUGGUGCGUUUGGCCCCCUGCGCAGCUAGUGAAUUUCCUCUUCGUGCCCUCCCAGUUCCGGGUCACCUACAUCAACGGUGUGACUCUAGGCUGGGACACUUACCUCUCCUACCUGAAGUACCGGGUGCCUGCCGCAGCUGUGGAGCGGGGCUGACCUCAGAGGGAGGACAGGUGGACAACGCUCGGUGAGAUGGCCAGAAGGGACGGACCAGGCGUGGUGUGAUGAUGGACCCUCUUGUGUGGGCAGAUCCCGGCCCCGGCGCCCCAGGCCGCUUGGCCCUUGGCACCUGCACACUGAGCUGCUGGCAGGACUGAGCAUCAGAGGAGGUCAACACUGACCCUCAACGAGUAUCUACCUGAUCGGAAGGGGACUGGCCCCCACAGAGGGCCAGCUUCACCCCCACUCCCAGGCUGUCCCUUCCAAGCCCACGGCCGGGCCUCAGUUUCCCCAUCUGGAACACAACCACAAAGAUGGGCAGUCAUGUCCCAGCCCUUCUCUAUGAGAGCCUCAUGACCCAUGACUGAGGGGCCCCAGCCCUGAGUGCCAAUCCUUCCACACCGCAGUAGGUAGGCUCCAAGCCAAACAGCCGACCUCAGGGCUCCCUCAGGCCCUGGGGCUAAGGUGGGAUCAUCCCCUGUCCCCUUGGAGCAGGGUCCGCAAUGUGGGUGGGGGGGGCACCUACAGCUCUCAUCUUUGAUCAACAAUGACUAGAAAUUCUAUUAAAUUCUCUCUGAAACUGGAA